AUGGACGCCUCCUCCCUCCGCAUCUCCAAGUUCGAUGGAACUAACUUCCACGCCUGGAAGUUCAAGAUGCAGAUGGUGCUGGAGGAACGGGACCUAUGGGAGGUCGUCAGCGGUGAGAUCAAGGCGGAACAGUGCGAGACUCAGUUGGACCAAGCGACGUACAAGAGGAAGUCAAGAAAGGCGAUGGCAGUGAUCUGUCUAGCCAUGGAAGAUUCCCAGCUACCGUUGGUCCGGUCGGCAAGUGUUGCAUGCGACGCAUGGUCAAGGUUGGAAGACCACUUCGAGAAGAAGAGUCUUGCCAACAAGCUGUUCUUGCGCCGUCGCUUCUUCACGACAAUGAUGGAAGAAGGCGACGAUGUGCUCGAACACAUCAACAAGCUCAAGACGCUGGCGGAACAGCUAGAAGCGGUGGGGGCUCCAGUCUGCGAGGACGAUCUGGUGAUCACACUUCUCGGCAGCCUGAGUGACUCGUAUCAAUUCUUGAUCACAGCUUUGGAGUCGCGCUCAGACACUCUUAGCUGGGAGCUCGUGACGUCUCGACUGCUUCAUGAAGAAAUGAAGCGGAAGGAGCAAGGAAGUAAAGGUGAUGAAGCUUCGCAAGGUCAAGCGUUCAUCACAAGGGACAAUCAGCGCAAAGGGCGACCAGUGAAGAAGUCCUGGCCGUGCCACAAUUGCGGAAAGAUUGGUCACUGGAUGGCGGAGUGCCCCUCGCGCAUCCAAGAAAACACGGAGAGACACCGGCCACAGCGUGCUCAAGACAGCGGCGACCGCUAUCGAUCACAACGUGCAAACGUCGCUCAAGAAGAAGACUCGGGCGACUACCUCUUUUCGAUCGGUGAAACGACAUCUGCGAAAUCGAGCGACAUCUGGCUGGUCGACUCCGGGGCGACGCAGCACAUGACGUGCUCCAAGAAGUUCAUGCGGAACUACAAGGGGUUUGACGCUGUGGAUGUCCAUCUCGCGGAUGAUGGAAUCGUCCAAGCAAUCGGCAGUGGGGACAUUGUCAUGUCGAUGAAGACACCCCAAGGGAUGAAGAAAGGUGUGUUCACAAACGUGUGGCACAUCCCAAAGUUAUCCAGAAACCUGUUCUCGGUCGGCCGCUUCACCAAGGAUGUCGGCCCAGUGACGUUCACGAAGGAUGGGUGCUAUGGAGAAGCGAAAGGGACCAAGUGGAAAAUUGGUGCCCGUGAAGGUAAAGGACUGUUCAAGCUGCAAAUGACUCCAGUGGCGCCGGAACAAGCAAAUGCAGCCAAGUCGUCGGGAUGUCAAGGGGGCACCAAGUCGUACCUCUGGCACCUUCGGCUUGGCCACAUAGGUCACGAUGGACUUAAUUGCAUCGUGACGAAGAACAUUGGAAUUGGCAUCGACAUAUCUUCGGUGAAGAAGUGGGACGUGUGUGAAGGUUGUGCUCUGGGAAAACAGACUCGAGUGCGCUUCCAAUCAAACACUACAGCUCGCACCUCCAAACUCCUCGAAGUGAUUCACAGCGACGUAUGCGGACCGAUGUCGAUGGCAACUUUCAGUGGAAAACGGUACUUCGUGACAUUCAUUGAUGACAAGUCAAGAUACUGUGUCGUCUAUCUGCUCAAGAGCAAAUCUGAAGUUGCGGCGAAGUUCAUGGAAUACGCUGCGAUGGCCGAAAUGCAAACCGGAAAGCGCGUGAAGUACCUUCAAAGCGACAAUGGGGGUGAAUACAAGUCCGACAAGCUGGCACGAUUCUGCGCGGAACGGGGAAUACAACAAAGGUUCACAACCCCAUAUACUCCUCAGCUAAACGGAGUAGCUGAGAGAAUGAAUCGCACGCUGGUCGAGUGUGCGCGUUGCAUGAUGGAACACGCUGGACUGGGAAAGAGCUACUGGGGUGAAGCAGUGAUGACGGCGAUGUUUCUUCGAAACCGCUGUCCAACACGUGCCAUUCACCAAGACAAGUCUCCAUAUCAAGUGUGGACGAUGAAGAAACCGAUUCUGGCCAACCUUAAAGUGUUUGGAUGCCACGCGUAUGUUCAAGUGCCUCAAGACAAACGCGCGAAGUUCGACUCCAAGUCAUCACUCUGUCGUUUCCUGGGAUACGCCGAACACCAGAAGUCAUAUCGAUUUGAGGAAGUGUCAACAGGAGCGAUCAAGAUCAGUCGCGAUGCCACAUUCAUGGAAGACAAGUUUGAUGAAGGUCCGCGCAACUACAACGAUGAGUCAAGUGUCGUUGAGUUUGAUGAUCAUGAUGAGGACGAAGAAAAAGAAGAAGGUAAAACUGACGACGACAUGGACUCGAGCGACGAUGACAACGAAGACACCAGGUCUUCGAAGAGCAACAUCAAGAGACACACGCGCACUCAAUCACUUGAGAAAGCUACCGUCAUUCCAAGUCCCAAGCGAAGAACAUACAGAGGUCCGUCGCUUGAGCAUGUGUCAGCGGCUGCAAUGGAUUUUGAAGCAGCCUACAUCGUUGAUUCAGUGGGGGAAACGCCGACUACAUUCAAGUCGGCGAUGGAAUCAAGCGACUCCGGCAAGUGGAAAGAAGCGUGUGACUCGGAGUUCGAUUCGCUUCAGAGAAACGACACGUGGGAAAUCGUGCCUCUUCCGAAAGGUCGCAAGGCCAUCGGGUGCCGAUGGGUUUUUCGUGUAAAGUAG